UUGUUAUGAUUAUAUUUUAUUCGUUAUUUCAUAGCCGAAUGUUGACUCACAUAUUUUUUUACGUUUUGUUUUCAGGCGUGUUCUAUUCAGAUUGUGUUAACAAAUAUUGCAAUUCAAACUUGUGCAUGAAUAAACAACAUACCUUGUGUAAAUUUCCGACUCCAGGUCCCGCCGCACACUGCCUCGACUAUGAGCUGACGAUAAAAAGCGACAAGGACAAACAGUUAAUCCUCGACAAGAUAAAUGCGCGACGCGAUAAAGUGGCAUCAGGCGAUAUUCGGUCAUUGCCCGCCGCCGAGGAUAUGUUUAAAAUGGAGUGGAAUGAAGAGCUGGCCGAAUCUGCCCAGCGCUGGGCCGACCAAUGCGUGUCUAACAAAGCCGUUGGAGAAGUGGAAGAUGACUGUCGCGAUAUAGAGACCAUGCGAGUCGGACAAAACAUCGCUACAGUGUACGGCGAAGCACCAGGCUUGACGCCGACGGCGCUCGUCGACGUGUGGUACCUACAACUGUUAAACGUGAACGCAAGCGUGCUAUCCAGAUAUCGCUCAUCAAGUGAAUCAGGACCCUCCAGUUACAAUCAAUUCACGCAACUCGUAUGGGCAGCUUCAUACCAAGUGGGGUGUGGAGGAGUAAAAUUCAAAGAGUAUUUCAAAGAUUCAGAGGAGAAAAAAGAUCGAGUAGUAUACAGAUUAGUAUGCAAUUUCGCUCCAUCAGGGAACCAAUUAAAUCAACCAGUUUAUACAGCUGGGCAACCUGGCAAAUGUGACUAUGGUACCAGUGACACGUAUAAGAAAUUAUGUAAUUCUCAACCAAUUAAUUUACAUGGAAACGAUAAUGCAGAGUUAGAUGAUUCUGAAUCUGAUGAAGCUGAAUUCACAACAGAUAUUAUAAAUGUAGACGAAACCUCUGUAAUAAAUAAUCAAACAACAAAUUUGACUACAGAUGAUCCGAACCUGUACGGGGACGACAAUAUGACUUUUGAUUAUUUUUCACAUUUGUUUGAAUUAACAAAAGAACAUUUUUCGAGCAGUACCACUCCAGGGGUAUCUAAAUGUAAAAACGAAUUAGCAGUUGAUGAAAUUGUUAAAAUUGUAAAAAAUAAACUAAGUGAUGACCCAGCUUUGAAAGCUAUUCUUGCAACGACUGUAUCUACUUCGUCUGGUAAUAUUAUUAAAGAUGAAAAAGUGGCUGAGUUUUUGAAUAAAAUUUACAAAAAGGCGACAUCACCAACAAAACCCGAAGCGAUCAGCACAGAUUACGUUAAUUCAACAUUACUUGUUAAUCUGGUGGAAGCAGUUAUGUUCAGGCACACAGAUGGAAUAAAUGACCAAGUAACACAAGAAAUACUGGGACCAUUUGUCAAUCCCAUUAAAAUACAAGCUGUUUCUGCAGUUAAAUCAAGUUAUGAUUUUACUGGGCAUUACUUUUUUCCUGAAUACGAUGGGGAAGAUACUACUAAAAUAUUUAGGGAAACUGAUUACGAUAUUUCUUAUAAACCUUCGGAGUCAGAUGUUGUAAUGGAAAUUGAAGAAAUAAGAAAAAGCAGACCUACCCGAGAUUUUAUAGAAGAAAUACUUGAAACGGAACCCAUCAUAGAAACUACAACAAGAAUGAAACCUCUUUCACCUGAUGACAUGAGGCUACAAACUAGUGGUUAUAGUAAUAUGAGGAAUUUUCUAAAAGAUAUUGCUGAAAAAUCUGAAAGUUUGAAUGAUAUGUCUAUAAAAAAAGUACCAAAUAUAUCUAAACGGAAAAAACGAAGGAACAAAAAUGUUAAAACACAUAAAACUUUUGGGUUAGACUACGAUAUAAGUAUGAUGUCGAGAUUUUAUGAGCGCCGCCCUAAUGGGAAACAUAUUUCAUUUCAUAAGAAGCAGUCACCAUUAAAACAUAGCAGUCAAGCAGAAAAAUUUAUAUUAGAAUACAAUAAUAUUUUUUCCCAAAGUAAAUGUUUGACAUCGAUCCCUUUAGGAUCAAUGCUUAUAUUGCCUGUCGUAAAUCAUUUAUGUUAUCAGAGAUAAAUAAACCAGCUCAGUUAUUA